UGUCAGUGUCAGUCAGUCACGUCAUUAGCUCCACUCCAACUCCACUCAAUCAAAUUCAUGUUUUUGUGAAUUUUGUGUUUAUAUUCCAAUCUAACUCAGCAAAUACACGAAGUCUUAAUUUUAGUUAAGUGUGUAAUCGUUAUCAAAAGCAGUGAAUCGUUAUCAAUUCAAUUGUAUAAUUUGCUAUUGAAAUACUUGCUACCCAUUUAGAUUGCCUUGACUGCAAAUUGACUGUCGUUUUGUGAUAACGAUAGCACCGGCUGGGGAAAACGUAAUUACAUGAUGGAUCUAUUACGUGCCGGAUUGACACACAAGUAUAAGGUGUUAGUGACUGGUAUAAGAAAAAUGCAUUUACUGAAGUGUCAGGCAUACGUGGACGGCAGAUGGGUGUCUGCAUCCAACCAAUCAGUGUUCGCUGUAACGAACCCCGCGAACGAUGCCGAAAUUACCAAAGUUCCAGACAUGGAAGCUAAAGACGCCAAGGAUGCUCUAGAAGCUGCAUCAAAGGCCUUUGAAACAUGGCGCAACACCACGGCUAAGGAAAGAGCCAGCAUUCUCAGGAAGUGGUUCCAACUGUGUCAAGAAAAUUCCGUCAACCUGGCCGAAAUAGUCACAGCUGAGUCAGGAAAACCAUUAGCAGAGGCCAAGGGAGAGAUUGCCUAUGGAAACUCAUUCUUAGAGUGGUUUGCUGAUACUGCCAGACAUCUAAAUGGAGAGAUAAUCCCAAGCCCGUGGCCAAACAAGCAAGUUCUAGUGACACGGGAGCCAGUCGGUGUGGUGUCAGUAAUCACACCAUGGAACUUCCCAUUUGCAAUGAUUACUAGAAAAGUAGCUGCCCUUAUGGCUGCUGGAUGCACUUGUGUGAUCAAGCCCUCGGAAGACACUCCCCUGGCCGCAUUAGCAGCUGCGGAGCUGGCCGACCAGGCUGGAGUGCCUAAAGGUGUCAUCAAUGUGGUGACCACCAGCAGGAAGAAUGCCUCUGCUGUCGGAAAGGUACUUUGUGAAGAUGAUAUUGUUAGCUGCAUAUCUUUUACAGGGUCAACUCAUGUUGGUAAGAUUCUGUAUGGGAUGGCAGCUAAAGGAGUCAAGAGAGUAUCCCUCGAGCUGGGUGGUAAUGCACCAUUCAUAGUGAUGCCGAGUGCUGACCUUAACAAUGCCUUGGAUCAUGCCAUGAAUGCCAAGUUCAGAAACAAUGGCCAAGCAUGUAUUGCUGCCAACAGGUUCCUUAUUCAUGAAGAAGUUUAUAAUGACUUUGUCAGAGGAUUUUUGGAAAGAAUCAACAAGAAAUGCAUCAUGGGUGAUGGUACAAAAGAGGGAGUCACUUGUGGACCUCUGGUCAAUGACAUGCAGGCUAAGAAAGUAUCAUCAAUGGUGGAUGAUGCUAUUUCUAAGGGUGCUAAAGCACUCAUUGGGGGGAAGUUUGCCUCAGACAUUGGCAACAAGUUUUAUGAAUCCACCCUGCUAGUGGAUGUCAGUCCAGAUAUGCAAGUGUACAAUGAAGAGAUCUUUGGCCCUGUAGUCUCCUGUAUUAAGAUUACAAGUGAGGAAGAAGCAUUGAAAAUAUCCAACAGCACUAGAAGUGGCUUGGCAUCUUACCUUUUCACCAAGGACUUGAGCCAGGCAUUCCGGAUGUCACAGAAAUUGAAGUUUGGAAUGGUGGCUAUCAAUGAUGGUAUCCUAUCCACCUCGGAGGCUCCAUUUGGUGGAGUGAAGGAGUCGGGCAUCGGCCGCGAGGGUGGCAAGCAUGGAGCUGAAGAAUAUACUGAUUUAAAAUACACUCUCAUAUCUGAAUUAGAUAAGUAAAUGUGUAAUUUAAGAAAAGAUAUUAAUUAUUGCUGUCUGAUGUCUUUGUUGCCAUAUUAUUGUGUAAUUUUCUUUCUUAAGUUCCUAUAAUACUAUA